UGCAAAUACCAGCGGUGCUGUAGCCAACAACAUAGCCACGGCGUUCGGUGCGCCAUCGCUCCCUUCUGCAAGCGGCAGCAGUGCCGCUGGCGGCAUGUUUGGAUCGACGACGUCAGCAGCGCCUGCGGCAAAUACCAGCGGUGCUGUACCCAACAACAAGGCCACGGCGUUCGGUGCGCCAUCUUUCAACUUUGCAAGCGGCAGCAGUGCCGCUGGCGGCCUGUUUGGAUCGUCAAUGUCAGCAGCGCCUGCGGCAAAUACCAGCGGUGCUGUAGCCAACAACAUAGCCACGGCGUUCGGUGCGCCAUCUUUCAACUUUGCAAGCGGCAGCAGUGCCGCUGGCGGCCUGUUUGGAUCGACGACGUCAGCAGCGCCUGCGGCAAAUACCAGCGGUGCUGUAGCCAACAACAUAGCCACGGCGUUCGGUGCGCCAUCGCUCCCUUCUGC